AGCGAGUGAGCGGCAGUCGGCCUCAGGCGUGCGCACCGCUCGCUCGCGUCGCCCGCGCUCAACGAACGUACAAAGUUUCUGUGAUGUAACUAAACGUUAUCAAACUGUUUAUACCUAAACCACACAGUUCUGUUGUCCUAGUGUUUACGUUUCGUUUCUGAUUCAGUGUUUAGUGAGGACGGUGAUUUAAAUUUCGAAUUGUGAUGAGUUGACCUAAGUGCAAUAUCAAAUAAAUAAACCCAAAAGUGCAAAACACAGUGCAAUAAUGCCGCGGUGAUGCGUGCGAACAAGUUCAAAAAAGUGAAAUUCAAGUGUCCAAAGUGAAAAUGCUACGUCACGACGCAAAUAUGGACUCAAACUUCCUCACAGCCGACCCGCCACCUAUAACAGAUAUGGAUUAUCAACCAAGAACGGACUUAGCUUCAGAGUAUUUCAACACAUUCAAUCAAAUCUGUGAAAACUACAGACCGGAAUCUGACGUGAAUUUGCGGCAAACUUCGGACUCUUUAAGACUAUCUUCGGAGAUUUUAGAUGGGGUUAGAUCAGAAUUUAUAACGACAGAUUUUUCUGACAAAAUAAAUGAUGUGGAGAAGUUUUUGAAUGAGAAGGAGCAGAUAUUUCAGUUCGGGCAGCCAGAUGCCUCGGCGCUGUUGAGGCAUAGGGCCAGGCGGCGGUUUAACGAGGAACAUGGGCUGCCGCAGGCGGCCACCAGUCAAGAGAGUGGGUACGGCAGCGACGAAUUCGGCCACGACUCACCGAGCCGGUACGCGUCACCAAAAGGAGCUGGUGGGGGCGCGUACCAAGAACCUUACUAUGCGGGCGGUGAAUGGGCGGGCGGGUACUACCAGCCCCCGCCGCCCUACCAACAUGACACAUACGGCGCUUCACCAGGUCUACCGGGCGCGCCGAGCGAGCCCGCGGGGGCGGAGCUCCCCCUGCCGCCGAUGUCGUCGUUCCGCGCCGCCGCGCCCCACCACUCGCCCACCGACAUGCUGGUCUCCAAGCCCCUGCAGCCUAUGUACGCGUCAGCGAGCACACCGGCGGUAGCGGGGGAGGCCGGCAGCCUCUCCUCGUACGGUUCAUCGCCGUCCACCCCCGUGCACUCCCCCCCACCGCUACCGGCGCGGCUGUACCCCCCUCUCAAGCACAGCCCCCACAUGCACCAUCACACACAGGGCCCCAACUGGGUCGCCAGUGGAGUCUCAUCCCCCGGCAGCGCGGGCACGCCGCACCCGCACGGCGUCGUGUUGCCAAACGGCCACCAGCACGUCGCGGUCUUCCCGCCCAAUGUUAUGGGCGCGCCGGCGGAGCAGCGGCAGCUCGACGAGGCCAUGGUGUUCCUUCGGGAGCACUCCGACGUUGGUGGCGCCAGAAUGGAAGAGAGGUUGGAUGACGCCAUCAACGUGCUGCGUAACCACGCGGAAGCCCCCGAGCUAUACCCACAGGAUGUUCACCACCAACCACCAGUAUCGCGGCUGGGCCCCGGCCCGAGCCUUCCGCAGCUGCACGGCGAGCCGCCCGUCAAGAUGGAGCGGCACGUGCUGCCCAACACCAGUACGUAUCCAAAGAAGCGUAAAGAGCCUCCGGAUUCCGGGCUGGACUCCAAACCCUCGUCGUCGGGCUCCGCCGACCUCGCCAAGCCCGGCUCCAAGCGCUCCCGGAGAUACGUCCCCGCCGCGCCGGCCUCCGACUUCGGCCGGUGUCGCCCGGGCCCCGGCCCCGAUGCAAUCUGCUCGUCGGCGGACGAGGACGACGUGGACCCGGACACGAAGGCGGCGCGCGAGAGAGAGCGCCGGCAGGCCAACAACGUGCGAGAAAGCUGUUCGUCGGCGGACGAAGGAGACGACGAGGGCGACCCUCAGGCCAAGGCCAUGCGCGAGAAAGAGAGGCGGCAAGCCAACAAUGCGAGGGAACGGAUAAGAAUACGGGACAUAAACGAAGCGUUGAAGGAGCUCGGGCGCAUGUGCAUGACGCACCUGAAGAGCGACAAGCCACAGACCAAGCUGGGGAUCCUGAACAUGGCGGUGGAAGUCAUCAUGACGCUGGAGCAGCAAGUUAGAGAGCGUAACCUGAACCCCAAAGCCGCCUGUUUGAAACGGCGCGAGGAAGAGAAAGCGGAAGAGGCGCCCAAACUGCUCGCCGCCCCCCUACACCACUAUCAACCCAUGCCGGGCAUGGGCCAACUCCCCGGCCAGCCCCCCUCCGGCCCCCCGCCGCAAUAGCGACGCCCGCCCGCGCCCCCGUGUCGCGCGCCCGACCUACACAUACUAUCACACCAUUAACUGGCUAUUUUAAACCUUACUGCAUAGACAUUAAGGUUCACUGAUGGUCAGCAAGUGCUACCACACGUAGCCGAGGCUUAACUCCAGGCGAGGUAUUGUUGCUCCUCUUGUUUGGUGCCACUUUGGAAUGCACUUUAAAAAGCGUAUAACUAAAGUAUUAAGACUUAGUGCUCGCUAAGUCAAGCGUAAAAAUGUUCGGUGCCGAAAACGCACAUGUGCGUUCGCAUUUAAAAGUUCGGUUUUGGGUAAAGAUAACAAUUUCUCGCCCUUAACGCGCAGUUUUGAUUACUAUCAAACACAAUUAAAGAAACAAGACAAAAAAUACACUGAAUGACAUUUUAUUUGUUACACAUCGGGCACCCUAAAAUGCCAUCUAGUGUAUUUUUAUGUAAUUAACAUUAUUUUCACUGAUUAUAUUUGAAGUGCAUUUUGAAGUUCAUCAAAUAAGACGAGUGGCAAAUAAACUGUAUUGUUUCCCAGGUAGCAAAAUGACGUCAAAUGACGUCAGCGACGUCGUAAUGACGUAAUAAUGCCGUCAUUAUGACGUCGCUGACGUCAUUUUACGUCAUUUUGCUACCUGGGUUUGAAGUUUGAGGUAGCCAACGAAGCUAUUUAAAUGUAGUUAGUGACAAGGAUAACCUAUAGCCAUAUAUCAUUGUCACGGUUAACUUAAUUUAAAUAGAUUAUUGAACACAAAUGUUUUUUUCCUAAGGGACUGUGUUAGUAUCUCGUGCUAUGAUUAUAUGAUUGCCUUGAAGGCACAGGGGUGGACCCUAAAUAUUGGCUUGGUCAGAGCAUUAUUCGAGUGCUAAAUGCUAAUGUAUAGGCUUGGCCUCGCUCGACGACUAUGUGUGUAUUUCUUUUAUUCAUUUAAGUUCAAAUCAAACAUAUUGGAACGGUCCGCGGUCAAUUAUAUGUAAAUAUGAGUUUAGGUUUUUUUCAGAGAAAAUAUUUGUUUGAAAUUGGGUGUUAAAUGCCAUAGACGCAUACGUGUGGUUAAAAGGCAUUGCUAGUGUAUUACUAUAUCGGGUAUAGCAAUGUGUAAGACCAAGUUGGUUUUGCGUAAAAAUAUUUCUGCAAGAAACGUUUGUGGCAAAUGUCAGAAUUUUGUUUUGAUUGAUAAAAAACCUUUACAAAAAGCGGGCUUAACGUGUUUACAUAUUUUUGAUCGCUGACCGUUACGAAAUGUUUGUAAUUGAAUUUUAUUGACUAUUGACAUGUUUAAAUCUUGAAUAUUUAGAAAAUUCCGAAUAAAUAUGAUCAAAUACGUUGAUUAGAAUUUGAAAUAUUUAUUUAUUUUUGUUUUUGUUGUAUUUUUUUGUAAAUUUUAAAGCGUUGUAUUCAAUCAUACAGCACUUUAAUGUAUUUGUAUUUGAAAUCUUAAAAUUAUAAAGAUACACACAUAGUUGCCUUAAUAUUUUUUGAUAAAAAUUGUUUUUAUUUUUUUUACCCAGUGACGAGUUGCUAAAGUCAUUUUAAAACAUUUGUACUUAAAUAUUGGGUUAAAUUGGACUGUUGUCAAAAAAGUAAUCGUCUUUAUUUUGUAUACCUGUAUUACCUGUACAAUAUUUAUGUUUGUUUUUGUGUAUGGCUAGUUCAAAACCUAUUACAGAUAAAUUUGUAUUUAUUAUAUUGGAAAAAAAUAGAAAACAUGUUUUUAUUUGUAUUUUUUUUCUACAAGCUCAUCUGUAUUGGGUUUCUUUGUUUGUUUUUGUCAGUGACUUGGUACUCUCAUAUAUAAUUGGUACAUAAGAAGGCCAAAUGAUGCAUAUGUCCCAAAGAAAGUAGCGGCAUUUACCUCGGACUAUACUAAGUGUAAAAAGGAUAGUUUUCUAAAACACAUCCCCAGAAACGAGAUUAAAAAUGUCUUCACCCCAAAGACAGCAGAAUUGUACAUUACUAGCCUAGCGUAUGUAUAGGUAUAUAUAGCGUAAUUGAUAGUAUAUACGGAAAAAAGAUAUUUUUAAUUACGAUUUUAAAGUUCUUUUUUGCUGCCAUAAGCGUAGUAUAGGCGGAGUUCCGAGUACAUUUUUCAGAUGACGCCUAUAAUACUCAUUUUUGUUUUUGUAAAUGCGUGUUCUAGGCCCUCCCCCCUUUAGUUAUUCGCCACUGCUCUCACCAAAAAUCGCUUGACAAUAAAAUACUCGAAAAUGUACUCGGGAAUCUUGACGUGAUUUUUUUAUUUUCAGUCACGUUUGAUGAUUUCUGAGCAUGCUAAAUCGAGCAUGCUGCAUAGGCCGCUAACUUAAGAUCGUACUUAGAUGAGGACUCCAGUGAUUUUUGGAGCUCUACGGAUUUCGUAGUUAUUUUUUUAUACACGUUUUUUUAGUUUUUAUUCGGUAGCUAUCGGAGAUGAGGCAACUAAACGGAAUUGUUGUGUUACCCUUUUAUUGUAAUAAAAAGAGUUAUAUAUCAUUUGCAUUUACAAUUAACUAAAAUACACGUUAGAAUGUACAGUCUGGCAAAAAAGAGUAGAAAUAAAAAAGUGGCAACACUGUAGUGUCGUCCCUUUCAAAUCAAUCUAAGAAAAACGGGACGACACUACAGUGUUGCCAGUUUUUAAUUUCUACUCUUUUUUGCCAGACCGUAUGGUGGAGCAAGAUCAAACAAAAAUUAUUAGGACGAAAUAUAAACGUUUGUAACCACAAUUUAUUCUAACUUGCCUUCAAUUGUUAUUCUAAAAGUAUAAUAAGAACGUAAUUAUUAAAUUAUAUGACGAAUUAUUAUUUUCAUAUUAAUGUUAUUUUGUUAUUUGAUCUCACGUGAAUUCAAUGUAUUAAAAAUGUUCUCAUUGCCAGUGACGACACAUUGUCGUGAUUUACGUAUACAGUGGAAAAUAUUACGAAUUAAAAUUUGUUUUAGUAUUAUAUUUGUUUGUGUAAGGUAUAUAACUCUUAUUUAUUAGUUUCCCAAAGUAUUUAGGUAUCCCCGGUGAAUGCAUAAUGUAAAUACAUCGCUCAAUAUCGGCCAUACUUUAUUUACAUUCGCUAUUGGCUGGUUUUCAUUUAAGCAUAAUAAAUUAUUAUUAAUUAUUUUGUACCGUAUCAUGACGAUCUUUAUAAGCUCAUCUCUUCGUAAUACCCGACGAGUAUUGUGUGACAGUUAUAAUUUGUACUGGUAUAGUAAUUAUAUUAUGUGUAAAGUAUAUAAUUAAUAGUUGUUUCACACGUCAGAUGUUACGAAGAGUUAUAAUUCGCUCUAAAAUGUAUUAUAUAGAUGUAAGGUCUUUUGACUGCGUUAUAUGAAGACAUCCCGCUAUUGUCGCUUGCAUCGAGUUCAAAUAACUUAGGUUUAGCUUAGUUCACCCUUUUAGUUUAGUUUAGUUGACUUUAUCUUCCAAUUAGAUUACGUUUAAGUUUCUUUUUGACUUGUUUGUGGCUCAGAAGGCACUACACAUCGUCCUGGAGACGUUCGUUUCCGACUCAUGAAGCAUUUGAUCUGUUCCAAUCAAAUGCAUAGUUUAAAAUAUAACAAAAGGUCUAAUUAUAAAAAUGAAUAAUUAUAAUUAAAUAUAAAUGUGCCAUUCAUUUUGCUAA